ACACUUCAUCUUUUUUUUUUCCUCCACAUCAUUGCGGGCAACAGCAUGGCAGGUGACGGCAGUGGCGGGGUUGGACCAUCGAGGCACAGGCGGGGCACUGCUGAUGCAGACAAGGGGAAAGGUCAGGUGCCAGAUGUUGCUGACAAGCCUUCCUCGAGCCAGACAGUGCAAUCAACUACAACGACCGUCAACAAGGACGCAACACCAGGCACUGACCCUGCUCUCUUUCAACCCCAAGAUGCUGACGCACAUCAGAAGUUGCUAAAGAGGAGUUCAGUGUGGCAGUGGAUUGAACAGGGACAAGUGGCAUUGUCGGCAGGCCGUGGGGAGUAUUGGCUCAGGUGUCGCCUGUGCUCCACCGUCUUCAGGGGCUCAUCGUCCAAGGCGGUUCAUCAUUUCCUGAAGCCGCAAAAACUAUGUCCUUUUCGGACGGGGGAGAUUGUCGAUGAGCUUGUGACCAACCAGCGUGGCAAGGUAAAGCCGAGCGACAAGAAAACUAAGUACUUGUUGAAGAAUGCUAGGGGACUAGCCAGGUGUCCAGAGGGGGGUGAGGAGCAUGUGGAGAGUGGAUCUGAUGCUGAGGAUCCCUUGUCUGAGCCGAUGUCGCCACCUCUCCCGGGGCGGUCUGCUCCACGGCUAAUUGCACACACUCUUGCCACGGAAAGUGGGGAUGGGGAGAAGGGUGAUGAGAAGACCGGUGAAGCGCGGGGCACUGUCAAACCUGUCAUGGCGAAGCAGACCACAAUCAAGAAGUGGCUCAACAAUCAAGCUCAGAGGGAGUUGGACAUUGCCUGGGCGGAGGCAAUGUUCAGGGCGGGCAUUCCUUUCAACUUCCUAAACUUCGCCACCAUGCAAGCUCUACACGAAACAUACCUGAAGGUUGCAAGUGCAAGGCCAAAGGUCAAGUUGCCUUCCUACAAACACAUGCGGACUGUCAUGGUUGAUUACAUCUACCUGAAGGUGCAGAAAGCAAUCAACCYCAUGACUGCAUGUUGGGACACAACCGGCUGCACAUUCAUCASCGACGGGUCCACAGAUCGCAAGAACCGACCGGUGAUGAAUUUCCUUGCARCGGGGGAGAAAGGAGCAGUUCUGGUCACGACAGUGUACAUGACGGGGAGGAAGAAGAACGCAGCAGCAUUGGCAAAGUUAUGGGAGCAGGUGAUGCGUGAGAUAGGGCUUGAGCGGAUCAACGCGAUAUGUACAGACAAUGCGGAGGUCAACAAGAAGGCGGCUCAGAUCUUAGAGAGGCGGACCAACAAAGAUGUCGCGAAGAUACCGUGGGUGCCAUGCGGAGCGCACUGUUGCAGUUUCUUGCUGAAGGACUUGAGCAAUUUGCCAUGGGUGACGGACACGGUGAAGACGGCAAACACGAUUGUCAAAUUCAUAAGGAACCACCACUCUACGCACGGCCUCAUGAUGGCUAUCGACAACUCCUUGUCAUUGUUGCGUCCAACAGAGGUCCGGUUCAGGUCUGUGUAUCAGAUGCUGGGUAGGUUGGUUAACAGGGAGGACGUGCUGAAGGAUAUGGUGGAUGGGGAUUAUGGUGCGAGAUGCAGGGCACUGAGGUGGUCCUCGGCAAAGCUGCAAAGGAAGGCCGACCUCGUCUAUUACUCAGUGAGGUGUGACAGUUGGUGGGAUAAGGUGAAGAAAAUUGUGGCCAUCAUGGAGCCGGUGUUCAGCCUCCUCAAGAGAAUGGACAAGGAAGGAGUAUCUCCCACCAACCUCGUGGAGUACGACGAUCUCAUUGCACGGAGAUUGACAAAUGUCGUGCUCACGAAAAAAGAGCGCGAAGACGUGGUGGCGAAGGUGAAGGACCACGUGCAGAUGAUGCGGCAGCCAGCACAUGCAGCUGCCUUUCUUUUGGAUCCACGAAGGAGACAGCCUGGCUGGCUCAACGAUCCAGACAGUGCCCUCGUGCAAAAUGCAAUGCGUUUCUUGCUGAGGCAGAUUGGGGGGACAUGGGAUUCACAAAAACAUAUUGACAUGUGGGGGUAUCUGUGUGAGUUCUUGAGAGAGCCUGUGGAAGGUGAAGUCAGGAAAGAUAAGCAUAUGUGGACCCCUCUUGCUAGAACGGCAGCCACAGAACGUGCUCCGGCGGAUUGGUGGUCGUUGCAUGGUGGAGAUGUUCCGGAUUUCCAGGCGAUCGCCAUCACAGUGCUGGGAAUGUGGAGCACAGCAACAUCUGCGGAGCGGAACUGGGCAUCGAUGGACUUUGUCCACUCAAAGAGGAGGAACAACCUCUCACCGGUGUCCCUGGAGAAACUUGUGUACAUUCAUUGGAACAUGCAGUUGCUUCGUGUUCGAACGAGCAAGGACAAUGGCUACGUGGAUAUAUGGGGGUCCUUCUUCGAGCCAUUGAUGGAGCCGACAGAGGAGGACCAAUCUCUCGACGAUGGAACAACGGAGAAGACGGUGGACGAAGGGGAGGAGGAAAAGAGGCAAAAGAGGUUGAAGAAGGCUCCGAAAGGACGGAUUCCCCGCAACCUGUUGGAUGAAGACUCAAGCGGGAGCAGCGAGCUUGAGGAUCUGAUAUGGUAGGGGAAAUGUUGGAAUGAGUCUACUUCGGAAGAGAGCAGUGGUGAGGAUGAUAUUGGUGAGGACUCCGACUUCGA